AAAAGGUUAACAUUAUGUAACUCAACCAGACAUCCGUCCUCUUUCUUACUUCAACAAAUAUUAUAUAUAUAUAAUUAUGGAUUGAUACUUUGGUAUGGAAGUAUCCAUUCUUUGCAACACUUCUGCAAUUUGACAACAAAGGCAGGCCAGCCAGCCAACCACCAUACAUUACUCUAACCACCAGUUUCCGCCACCAGCCAUCGAAAAACAGAAGCUAUGGAGGAUCCUGGUAUCAAGUUGUUUGGGAAGAAGAUUGUGCUUCCAGGAAUCAGUAAGAGUGUUAGUCUUCCGGUCAACUCCACCGCCGCGGUAGAGGAGUCAGAGCCUACCGGUAGCGGUGGAGAUAAAGAAAGUGGCUCUGAUAACACCGUCGGAAACGCUUAUUCUGAAGAUGAGAAAGUAAACAGAGCAGGUGCAGAUAAGGAUGAACAAAAAACAAAUUGUGGUGAGACUAAAGUAGAAUCCGACAACCCGAAAACUCCAUCUAUCGAUGAAGAAACAAAAAAAGAAUCUACAAACCCGCAAACGAAAAACCUUAAAAAACCGGACAAGAUUCUCCCCUGUCCUCGUUGCACCAGUAUGGACACAAAAUUCUGUUACUAUAACAACUACAACGUAAACCAGCCGCGUCACUUUUGCAAGAGCUGUCAAAGGUACUGGACCGCCGGAGGUGCCAUGAGAACCAUGGCAGUCGGAGCAGGCCGCCGAAAAAACAAGAAUUCUGCAUCGCAACCUCGUUACAUAACCAUCUCCCAAGAAACUGUCACAACUUCUGAUCCAGUACCCGAAAAUAUUCAAGAUAAAAAUGGAUUCCAUUCCAAAGUUCACUCUAUUCCUGGGGCUUCUUCUUGGCCUUAUAUUCCGGUUCCAGUUCCAAUUCCGAUUCCAGCCAUUUGCCCUCCAAUGCCAAUCUACCCAUCAACAUAUUGGAACUGUAUUCCAUUCCUACCUCCAUCAACACCUACGAUAACUGAUUCAAUCUUGGGAAAACGGUCAAGAGACGAAUCGGUUAUGCAAUCUAAUGAUUGUGAUGACAAGUCCAAGAAACCACAGAACUCAGUUCUGAUUCCCAAGACGCUUAGAAUCGAUGAUCCGGAUGAAGCUGCAAAGAGUUCUAUAUGGGCGACACUCGGAAUCAGAAAUGAAAACUUUAUGGCGUUUCAGGAGAAGGGUGUCGAAAAGAAGAAACAUCAUGAGACUACAACGUCUUCUCCUGCGCAUCAAGCGAAUCCGGCUGCUUUCUCUAGAUCAAUCUGUUUUCAAGAAACAGCAUAAAAGGGGUCACUUUUUAGUUAGGCUCUUAAAAUGGAUGCUUUGUGUUGUUGCAACUACACUUGUGGUUUACUGUAGAUAAAAUGUAUACUUUAGUUUUCAGUUUUCUUGAUUUUCUGUUAUGUCUAGCAUCAAUUGUGUUAGAAUGUUUGCGGUAUAUGCAUAACAAGUUGUACGUCUUCUCAUGCCCAUGAAUCUUUUAACUCGACUAAGAAAACGAGUAUAUUCAAGGCCUAA